UCUGAUUAUCGCCUGCCUCAUGAAAACGUCGGGCGAGUCAGUAUCAAUACAGCGGAUGCUUUCCAGGGAAACGAGAGAGAGCUUAUUCUCUUCAGCGCAGUCCAAUCCAAUCGGGACGGCGAUAUUAGGCUCACUAGAGAUUCCAGGUCUGUGAACGAGUUUCGGAGUGUUCGAGAG